UAUCUACUUAAGGAAAUAUAUUUUGUUAACAUUAAAAAAACAUAAGAACAGACUCUUUUAUUGCCCCUUUCCCCAAUCCAGAUCCUGGAACCGACUGACUGUCCAAAUCCUGGGGAAAGUUGAACCGUUACAGAUUAAUUAAUUUAUUAUGUUUGUAGAUUAUCUGAUGUAUUUAGCGGAUUCUGUAGAUGAAAUACAUGCAAAACAAACAAAUAACACUGACGAAAUAGCAAGCAUUAAUACAUUAUUUUUAAAGCAAAGUAUAAAUGAAAAUGUCAUAGCUAACCAAAAACAGCUUGCUGAUAAGUAUUCUUACGUUUUACCAUUUUCAACGGUUCAGAGUUUUCAAGAAUUUGAUGAAAAACUACAGGAUAGCAAAUCAAGUUUACGCUCAGAUGUUAAAAACAUGCUUUUGUCUGGUCUUGAUUCCAACCUUGUAAUAUCAAAGUGCAUGGUAAAUAUGCUAAAAAUGGUCUUGUCAAGAGAAGUUGCGAUGCAAUAUACAGCAGUAAAAGAAGUCAAGGAUAAAAAUGUUAUGAUGAAUACCAAUUUUUAUUCUUGUAUAUCAGGUAUACUUUAAUGAUAUACUCUAAUUUAUUUUUUUGUUUUAUUUUAUAAACAUUGUAACGAGGUGCGAAAUCGGGUAGAUUCGCGCAUCGUUGAAACGCGACGUUACGCAAGCGCGAGGCAAGAUUCGGGGCCUCGCGUAUAAGUCGCGGUCCGUCGGACAAGGAGAUAGCUUCCGGCCAUAGGUGCGAACGCGUCAGCUCUCGUGUGUGAGACUGACGGCAUCGAGCGACGACCGAUAGCGUGCGAGAGAGAGAGAGAGAGAGAGAGAGAGAGAGAGAGAGAGAGAGAGAGAGAGAGAGAGUGUGUGUGAGAUCGCGAGAAGAAGACGUCCAAGUCAACUCCAGCUACGAGAAGCAAGGACGACCCGGCCUGUCGAUCAGCGGCCAAACGAGAGGACGUCGGCUCCAGCGAGUGAGCCAACAACACCACCGGCGUAGAGUGUGUGUGAGUGUGUGGUGCGCGCCUACCGAGAACGGCGAAUUCCUACUAUAAAACUAUUUUGUUUUUCUACCAGGGCUGUUGAAAUAUUUUUACCUUUGAAAUUAAUUUCACGCUUAAUCUGAGCUUGCAGUGGUUUACAAAAAUUUUUACGCUUGCAGGGUAAUGCUGCGAAUUUUUUGCAAUAAUCUUUUGUGCAAAAAAAUUUUAAAAUUAUGUUAAAUCCACAAGAUCAGUUUAUCCCCAGCGUUAUUCAGUUAAUCAUCGAUUAUGACAAUGACUGAACAAAGAAUUUGCGAUAGUGUGCAUACUAAUUCAGCUGAUGGACAAAUAAAACUAGUCUUGAGGGAUCAGCAUUUUUUAUAAAAAAAUUGUAUAUUUAUCCACCAUUUAGUCUGUAUAAUUUUGUAAACCCCAUGAAACCUAUAUAAUUUCUGUAAUUUUCGACACUAUGUAAUAAUUGAGCAAAAAAACAAAAAAAAAGUUCAU